CAAAACCAGAUCAAUGCCGACUGUCUCUCCAAUGAUCGAGGGUCAUUGUUGGAUUGUGCUCGAUAGACUGGUCCGGUAUUUUAGUCGAAGGGAAAUUAUUAAGAAGGAAUUAAUAACUGAACACCUUGAGAAGAACGCUGGCAUUGAACGGAACCAAGAUGGAUUUAUGACAGGGACGAUAUAAUCAUAUGCAUCUUGACGAAGUGACAGAUACUUUACGACAUUUUCUAUUUUCAAUGUUGAAGAGGGAAACAAGGAACAGCAGAUGCUGGUUUACCAUUUUGAUGGAAGUUGUCGAGAAUACCUCCCGGUCGGUAGAUGUCGUUGCAUUUGGAGGAGUAACCAAGGGGCGCCGGACGGAGAUGAUGAAGCAAAGAUCCUAUUGCAGAAGUGGUCAAAGAUACUAGAGGAGCUCCUCUAUAAUCUUUGGAAGUGGUGACGAGUCCAUGAGCUGCACGGAAUUCAAUUGAAAUGGCCACCUCCAGUCGGUAUUUACAAAGUAAGUCUCAGGGGCAAGAUCGGUUUGAUUACUUGCAAACUCUUGUUACUGAAUUUCAAGAUACUGACAGUCAAGAUUCAAAGGAGCAAGUUCUGGCAAACCUGGCUAAUUUUGCAUAUGAUCCCAGUAACUAUCAGUAUCUUCGACAGUUGCAAGUCAUUGAUCUGUUUCUGGACAUGCUUACAGAAGAAAAUGAAAGAUUUGUAGAAUUUGGAAUCGGUGGCCUCUGUAACUUGUGUCUAGAGAAACAGAACAAAGAAUAUAUUUUACAGAACAAUGGAGUUCAGGCAGUGCUGGACUGCUUAUCCAGCUCUAAUGAAGACACUGUGCUAUCUGCAAUUACCACAUUAAUGUACCUGACGACACCUUUGUCACAACAAGAAAUUACAGCAGUGCCAGUUAUUCAGUGUAUGCUACGCUUUUCUCUGUCCAAAAACAAACGUUUGAGUAACUUAGCAAAUCUGUUUCUCGAAGACAUCUGCUCCGCAGAUGAUGUAGAAAAAGCCAGAAAUGUGCAGAAUCACACAGCUCUCGGAAUACCACUUCCAAAAGAAUAGGCUCAGAAAAUUCUGCAACUUCUAGGAAGGACUACACAGGCUUGUCAUAGUCUGAACCAAUUACAAAAAUAGCACAUGGUUUCUUUGCUCCAUCUGAAUUGCUCUGUGUUUCAGUUGUUUGUGGUUCAACGUCCUGCUAUAGAUGCCAUUACUGUUAAAAAUUAUAUGGAGGGACUUAUUCCUCUUGUUGAUGGAUAUAAAGAUUCCAUAACAUAAUUUUGAAAAAGGGCAGGCGAGUUUUCUUCUACAAUAAUUAUAAUGAUAAAUAAAAAUAAAAUCAUUAUAGUAUAAUAUAUCUUUAUAUAAUAUAAUCAUUAAAUCACUUAAAGUGAUCAUUAUACUAUGAUUUGUGGAAGUUUGUGUUCACUAAUUGGCUGUCACAUUUUCUAAAUUUAUAACUGACUAUUUCAGGAUAUUCUUCAAUGAGACCUGUGAAAAGGAUUUGAAAUGUGAUUCAUAAAUGCCUUUAUUACAAUAAGAAUGCUCCAUUAUCUUUCAUUAAUAAAUUGUAAACUUAUUAU